AUUGUAAUGAUCACUUUCAUUCAUUUGAUGUUCAGUGGGCCCAUUUAUGUUCAGGACUACGUAUUACAUUUUCGUCAUAGCAUUUAUCUCAAUACUGGUUAAGUCAUGUUAUGCGGGAUUCAUAAAGACGGCUUGGGAAAGUUUCAUACAGAGAGUUAUCAGUGGAGAGUUUUGGUUCGACUUGUAUUUGACCUUAUACAGAUGGCUAAGAAGUUGCAUUCUCGAUUUCUCCAAUCUUAAAGAACUCUUCUUUCCUAAACGCUUCUACGAACAGAAACCGUUUGAUUUGCUAAGUCUCCUGAAACUUCUGUGAUGAAGAUGAUAUUGAAGUAACCAUGUUGAUCUGUUCUGGCCUCACAUAUUCUCUCAAUGCUGUCAAAAAUUCUGUCCUUAUGCUAACUCAUGUAUAUGUUAUGCGUGUUGGAAAUAAAAG